AUGGUCCAGAUCCAGGAGGUCGAGUCCAACAGCUCCUCGGAAGACUCCGAGGACAGCAGUGAAGCGGAGCUUCCUGCGGCCUCCGCGGCAGAGGCACCCGCGCCGUCUGCUACGGCAGUCGCGGCAGCGGCGCCGGAAACGGCACCUUCUUCUGGAGUGCCGCACCCAGCCGAGCCGCCAAGCGCAGAAGCCCUCAGGCUGCGUGCCACGCUGCUCUCCAACCGGGCUGCGCGUGCUGCAGAAGAGGCGCGUGCUGCGACGUCGACUCCAAGCGUUGCAAAAAACGCGAACCCUGAGCACCCGAAACGGCGAGUGAAAAGCCGAGACAAGGAGGACCGAAGAAAGACAGACAGGAAAGGGCGCUCUCGGUCCAAGCGCGGGAAAAAGCACGGCAGCCGCGACCGCCGCCGCCGCAGCCACAAGGGGCGCGACCGUCGCAGCCCCAAGGGGCGCGACCGCGGCAGAAGCUCCCCGCGGCGCGACAAGAAAGACCGGGGAAAGCGUGCUGAGUCCGUCAAGGACACGCCCGCACCAGCUCCGUCCAAACCGAAGGAUGCAGUGCUUCGCUGCAGGGUUUGCGACCGGCAGAUCCGCGGCGGUGCUUCGGGCCUUGACCAACACCAGAGGAUGGCGGCGUCACCUUCCGUGGAGGGACAGCUCGCACAGUGCUCCCUGUGUCUGUUGCAGUGCGAGAAAGUGUCGACCCGCGGCGCCCAGCUUGUCUGCGCGGGGUGCGUGAACGUUUCGUCCAUGCUGCAGUACAAGUUGGGCGGCAAGGUCUCUGCCACUUUGGAGGACAAGGUCGCCUUCUUCCGCAGGGCAAAGAGCACAGGGUCUGCCCGCUUGGAGUGGAAGACCGUGCGGGCCCUCGUGAAGGAGCACAUGAUUAUGCGGAAGAUCAAGCAAAGUGAAGUCAGUGUGGGAGGGAAGUACCUUCCCAUGAACGUGCACUUGGCUGCUGGCUGGAGCGAGAGCCAGGUCACGGCCAAGAACGACUUCAUGGAGGACCCCGAGCUCGGCAAGGUCUGGCGUGUUCCCGUCAUGGAGAAGACGGUUCGCCAGAUCGACGAGGAGAUCGAGGAAGAGCUCACUACCAAAGAGCAAGAGGUGACGAAGAGCCGGCAGGGCAAGAAAAGGAAGCCGCAAGAGGGAGAGCAAGAGGAGCCAGACCUGGACCUUCCUUGUGCUAAGGCACAAGGCAAAGCCGGGGACAGCAACAAAGCUGCCAAGAAGGAGGAGCAAGAGGAAACCAAAGCGGCACGCUUGACCUUCAAGAACAACAAAGCGAAAGCUGCGCUGGCAGCCAAGGCUGUAGCCUCCCUCUCCACACUCCUGUCCUCACUGAACUCUGCUAAGGGUUUCGCCGCCAAGGUUUGGGAGGAGCUCCCGCAAGACCUUCGCACAAGCCUCACGGAGGCUUUGGCUACGGCUCUCGCGUGGAAGACAGCCGCCACCUCGGCUCUGCAGUUCCAAGAGAACUACGAGCAGGCUGCCCUGAAGGACCCUGCGGCUCCGGUGCAGCCGCUUCCCGUGCUGCCCUUCACUGCGGAGACGUUUCACGACUACGACAAGGCGGCCAAGGCUGCUGUGAAGGAGCUGCGCCGUGCCGCCCGCGACAAGAAAGACGAGGCUGCCGCUGCUGCUGACGCCAGCGGCAAAGCCAAGGCCAAGCCCAAGCGCCGCGUUGUUGGUAAAGCCAAGGCAGCGGCUUGA